UUCCAGUUGCACUAACGGGAUACGAACUACCGAUUAGAUGAGCGUAGUGCUUUGCCCAAACAGCACAUAGUAAUUUUUUAAUAUUUUUUUUUGUUUGCUUUCGUUUAAUAUUAAUGACAUACCAUCUUAUCGCAUCAUAUUAUCAUGAGUGAACAAAGGCUGACCUUUAUUAUAUAAACUUAUCGUUCGGAAAAGAAUAGUCACACACGAUUAGUGAGCGAGUAACGUUGUACCGAGAUGGCCCCUAUACUCUAUGGAAUUGACAUAAGUCCACCUACGCGGAGUGUCUUAUUGGCUUUAAAGGCGCUGGACAUCAAUUACGAAUAUAAACAAAUCGACUUUUACAAAGGGGAGCACAGGACACCUGAAUUUCUAAAGCUCAAUCCUCAGCACACUAUACCCACACUAGUUGACGAUGAUGCGGUUAUUUGGGAUAGCCACGCUAUAAUCGCGUAUUUAGUGGAGAAGUAUGGAAAAGAUGGAAGUCUCUAUCCAAAAGAUUUGGUAAAGAGAGCGCAAAUUGACCAGAGAUUGCAUUUUGAUUCUGGAAAUAUUUUCCCGCUAGUAAGGAGAAUCGUUUUGGGGAUUAAAGCGCACCAGAAGAUAAUCCCAGAAUGUUUGGAUUUGGCUAAAGAGCAGUACGAUUUCUGCGAAAAGUUCUUGGAAGGUAACGACUGGAUGUGCGGCAGUACCAUGACUAUAGCAGACAUCAGCCUGUUUCCCACCAUCACUUCUUUGGCGAAAUUGGCGCCGUACGACGCAUCAUCAUUGGUUAAUCUUACCAACUGGAUCAAACGUUGCGAAACUUUACCAUUUGCCGCAGUCAACAAGAAAGGUUUAGAUGAUAUCGAUGUUCAAUUGGUCAGGAAGUUAUCGUCGAAUAAAAAGUUAAUUAUAAUUGAUUUUAGUGAAGCUUCUGAGAUGGCUCCGAAAUUGUAUGGCUUCGAUGCUAGUCCUCCGACGAGGGCUGUCCUACUGACCGUCAAAGCUUUAGGCAUUUCAAUCGAUUAUCACAAAAUCGAUUACAUGGGUAACGAACAUAAAUCACCUGAAUUCAUUAAGAUGAAUCCUCAACAUACGCUUCCAACCCUUACUGACGAAGGUUCCGUAAUCUGGGAUAGUCACGCAAUUAUGGUGUACCUAGUGGAGAAGUAUGGUAAAGACGAUGCGCUCUAUCCAAAAGAUCACGUUCAAAAAGCAGUGAUCAAUCAGCGAUUGCAUUUCGAUUCCGGUUGUGUUUUUGCAACAAUACGUCGAGCUAUGAUGGAUAUGAGGAAGAGCAAAACAGUUCAUCCGGACACCAUAGAGCUGGCAGACGUACAGUAUCAAUUUUUGGACACGUUUUUGGAUGGGAUAGAAUGGGCGGCAGGGAAUGCAUUGACUAUCGCCGAUUUAAGUUUAAUCUCCUCGAUUACUACACUCAUCAAGAUUGUUCCACACAAUCCGUCGUACAAAAAUCUUGUUUCUUGGAUUGAACGUUGCGAGAAGCUGCCGUUCAUGGAUAUUAACAGAACUGGAUUGCACGAUGUUGAUGCGAUUCUUACCAAAAUAUGCACAUAAUUGUAUAUAUUGAAAAUAUAUUUUUUAAUCGAUUAAUGCAGAAAUAUAGGUG